AUGAUGAUUCGAUCGUUGCAACAGCAGACGGUAAAAACGGGUAUUCGAGUUGUAUCAACAACGGCUCCUGUCCUUACUGACCGUGAUAAGAAUGUUGAUCUUAGCGAUCCUAAGCAGAUGGCAUUGCACAAACUCUAUAGACCCGAACGAGUCACACCAUCUAAAAGGGGUGUUGAAUUGUUGAAAACACCGCGAUUGAACAAGGUAAGCUAA